CGGGAUAUGGCCACCAGAAUAACAACAUCAACACCAACAACAACAAUGUCCACGAUCACCAAUGAGCUCUUCUAUCAACCACCACCGAUCGCUACCUCAGGCAAGGACGACAAUCAUACAUAUCACAUCUUCUUCAUCACGGGUAAUCCCGGUCUGAUCAAGUAUUACCACGGCUUCCUUGCAGAAUUAUCCAAACUACUCUCUGGAAGCACAGAUCCUUCUUCUCCUUCAUCUAAAGCUCAUAUCUCAAAGAAAAACCGGCAUCAUGUUUUUGGUGCAUCGCUUCCGGGCUUCGAAACAUUCCCCUGCCAAAGCCAGCCCAAUCCGGGUCGAAGAGAAACAUCAGAUUCACAGAAGCAUGACAAGCCACCAUACAGCCUCAAGCGCGUGAUCGAACUUGUCGAGAGCAGAUUAAUGGCAUAUGCCCAGGAACAAAAGAGCACAUCCAUAUCUGCAGCUUCAUCUUCGGCUCCAGAAAGUGUUACUACGUCAUCGUCUAAGCCAUCUACUCAAUCUAGUCCUUCUAAUUUGCCUGAAGCAUCAAAAUCGCCUCUCAAAGUCAUCCUUGUUGGUCAUUCCGUAGGAUCAUAUAUUCUUCUAGAAAUCCUUCGUCGACACAAAGCCGCACAGCCUGCUGGGAUUGAUAUAGUUGGUGGCAUUCUUCUAUUUCCGACAGUAACUCAUAUUGCCAAAUCGCCGUCCGGCGUUAAGAUCGGGUCGGUUUUGCAACUCCAAUAUUUUGCACUUUUUGCGGAUCUAUUUGUCCGGCUGCUGAGUUGGCUCAUCCCGCACUCUAUCUUGUAUAUUUUUGUGAAGCUCGCUACCGGAUUUCCCAAGGAUGCGGCUCGGACUACUCUCGAGUUCCUAUGUAGCCCGGCUGGCGUUCGAGAAGCUCUACACAUGUCUAGGGACGAAAUGAAUGAGAUCACUGAAGAUAGAUGGGAUGCAGACGUAUGGGGCGCUUCCGUCCCAGGAGCCGAAAGAGAUCCGGCUCGAUUAGUCUUCUAUUUUGGCCAGAAUGAUCAUUGGGUCGCAGACCAUACGCGGGAUGAUUUAAUUGCUGCUCGAGCGGCGAAUUCGGCCAGGGGGGAUAGGCAAUGGCCGAAGAUGAUGAUCGAUGAAGAUGGUAUACCGCAUAGUUUCCCUAUAAGACACAGCUCUCUGGUUGCGGAAAAAGUCAAGGCUUUUAUAGAGGCAAUCAUUCGAGACGAACAAAAGGCGGCCCUGCCGCCCGAUGAAGAAAAUAUCGAGGCACCAUGGAUGGUAUCUCGCUCGUGGCUGUACUUAUAGAUGCUCACUGAUGAUAAUUCACACAAUUUGGUCUUGUCUGUAUUCGGUAACGAAAUAAUGAAUAGAGAUUUGAUGACAAUAUGUCCUCAACGCAGAAGGAGUAGCUAUGGAGCAGCUACUACCAUGCGGGAGCUACCUA